CAGACUGCCCGGUUGUGCCAGACAGAGAGAUGCGGUGAAAUGCUCAGCUUCCAAGUCUCUCGGCUCCUCCGCACCGGGUCGUUUCUGCCAGUGUCUACGAGGGGAGAGAAAUGAUCAUGGAUGCUCACCACUCUUCAUCUGAGAUCUACGUCAGCCGGAAGAGAACCAUUUCCAGGGAUCAACUUCAUGAAUUACUGAAGAGAUACAAUAGUUUUUAUGGGGACCAGAAGAACUUGCACAUUUUAUAUGCCCAGACAGAAGCUUGCCAGCCAGUCGUUGAGGGAAUUUUGGACAUUGUCUGGGGAGUGCAUCAAUUAAUCCAGUUCAAAAUCCAAGAUGAGUAUCCCAUUCCUCGUACUGCAAUCAACAAGUCCCCAGUUGGAUUUCUCCGGAAAGGGAGGAUGACCCGCUGGGGGGAGUUUGAUGACCUUUACCACAUUAGUGAGCCAGAGAAGAGGAGGAGCAUUGGAGAGGAAGAACUGUACUAUGGGGAAGACGGCCUUCCUUACGACAGCAAUACCCUGUGGCGCCCGCCCUGCCAGCCACCCACCUCGCCAAUGCUGUACCGGACCAUGAGCGAAGCGGCCCUGGUGAGGGGGAGUGCGAGGCCUGCCUUGGACAAGCGAGACAAGCAGAGGCACGGGGUCUCCAUCAACGGCCAUUUCUACAACCACGAGACGUCAGUUUUCACCCCGACGUUCGGGUCAAAAACCAAAGUGCGAGUCAGCAGUGUCAUGAGGACUGGUGAAGUCAUCCAGCAGCUUCUCCAGAAGUUUAAGAUUGAAAAUGAGCCGCGGAAUUUUGCCCUCUACCUUGUGCAUGCCACUGGAGAGAAGCAACGACUGGCCGAGUCGGACAUUCCUCUGCUCCAGAGGCUCCUGCAGGGCCCCUCCGAUAGGAUCACCAAGAUUUUCCUCAUGGACCGAGAAGAAGAAGAAAUCAGCAGUGACGUGGCGUGCUAUAUUAACCUGCACCUUUCCUUCUUGGAAUCGAUUCUUCAAAGGCUGAAGGAAGAAGAAGAAUGGGAGGUCCAAGAAACAAUGAGAAAAUACAAGUUGGAGAAGGUGAUUAUAGAACGUUGUCUUCUAAGUAAAAAACUUGAGACAACGGUAUAGAUCCCGUGGAUUACGCAUUUCACCUGCCUUAAAGGAGAGGCGUUUGCAUCGGUGCCGUGUGCCAGAGUCACAUGUACACGUCGUACAUACGAAGAGAUAUACACAUAACUCCGGCGCCUUGCCGAACAGCACUCUGACGUCAACGCUCGUCUCUCUGGGAAGAUUGGAAUUGGGUGAUCCUACUGUGGGUUGCAGCUGUCUCCAGCUCAAUUGUGUGAGACUUAAAGACACGGGGACCCAACAUGUUCUGAAUAUUGCUUUUCUGCCACCAUUUUCACUGAGCUGGAUCCGGAGGCAAGACGAAGGGUAAUGGAUAUCUAACUGGCUGGCUCCUCAGCCCGAUCCAGCUCAGGACUGAAACAUCCUCCGUUCACACCCACCAUGACGAAGGAAAUGACAAAUGAGGCAUUUGGGUCUUGUCAAUGCACGGUCCCCAGUGGUACGGGAGCUGGAAAUCGUGAAUAUCUGCAGCCUUCAUGGAGCUCACAGUCUAGGUGGGAGGAAUUAAGCCUCAUUUUCAGAUGAGGAAACAGAAGCACAGAGAAGUGAAGCUACUUGCCCAAGGUCACACAGCAGAAAGCGGUAGAGCCGGCAUACAAAUCCCGGUCUCUGAUUCCCGGGACCGUGUUCUUUCCACUAGAUCAUGCUGCUUCUCUAGAAGAGAAUUCUAGGCCUUUCAAGACUCAGAGGUCGGGGAACACACACUGUCACAGGGACAACUCCAGCAGCCACGGAUCUUCCUGAGAUUUUGAGGGGGGAGCCUCCUUCUGUGGGUGCUUUUCUUCUUCCUACCAUGGUGGUGGAAGGCAGAAUGGGAUAGAGGCUUCUCGCUGAUGCAGAGGAGAGCCGAGGCCAGGCAGUGUGGCUGGAUGUCUGGUGUUGGGGGAUACCGAGAGCCCACAACAGUAGCUUUUAUCCCCAGCCCAGAGCAUUUGGGAUCUGGGGCCAUGGAUGUUGGGAGAGAUGGCGGCAGUUACCUUGGAUGCUUUUCCUGGUUGCACGGGACCCUCAUUUAUCCCCAGCCCAGCCCAGCACAUGCAGAACAUCUGUAAAAUGGGAAUAAAAUGCCUCCCUAUGAGG